GGACGGGUCGCUGUUGGACUCGGUGACCUCAAUGGUCUUUUCCAGUCUUAAUGAGUCCUCGUUUCCCCUAAAUUCUGCAGAAUAUAAAACCUAAUAGAUACAUAUACGCUUAUAUAUAUAUAUACUUGUAUGAUUAUAGUGACCUAAUGAAUAUGCUUUUUGAGCCAUGGUUCUGUUAAGAUCAAAUAAUUCUUGUUUGUUUUAAAAUUCAUUUAUGUGAAAUUUAAAUCAAUACACAGUGUUAUCACUUGCAGGAGUUAUUGGCUGCAGGAUGGUUUCAGCUCUCGGUUCCUGUUUUAGCCAAAUCCCUUCUGUCCCCUCGUUGUUCUGCUCCUUCUCUGAGCUCCCACAGUUUGUCAAUAUCUUUUGAAUUCUAUCCAGUAAAACAUGUAGAAACGCCCACAUCCCUUCCUUUUAUUUUCCUCUAAGCAGGACUGACUCACCAGAUCCAGUGUGAGAAUAUCUAUAUUGGGCAGGAUAUUUUCGGUUGUGCAGCCUGGAAAGCUCCUCGGCUGCUUUUUGUUUUUAUUUUUAGUUGUGAAGUUGAGAGAAGAUGCCAUCCUGCUGUCAUGGUCAGUGCAGCUUUGGCAAUGGAUUGCAUGCUGAGGAGCAGCAUUGCAAAGCAAUGCCACACUGCACGCAGUGUUACCUGCUUCUGUUGCAGUAACCCUUAUUGCAGAGCUGUGCAUGUUUUUCAAGUCUUGAGCAUUGCUCUCGUUUAAGAUAAAACAUUUAUGCCUUGUCACUGCUACGGUGAUGUGUGCUGUGCUGGUGUGAUUGCGCAGCUCCUCCCACGGCGAGGAAGCACAGAUUGCUUGUACAUAAAUUACCAGAGCAACCAUGCACAUGAGGAAGGCAGGCUGCAGAGGCUGUGCAUCCGAGUGCUCUCACUGGGCCUUCUGAGUUACUUUUCUUGUAACCAUCAAUAAGACAUAUUGUGUGUAACACAAACGCUGAGGGGUGUGUGUGCCUAUUGUGUCCUUUACAAAAAGGAAGGGCAAGCGCUGCUUGGCAGCACAGCAACUUCCCAGCCACAGGAAGAUGCCAAAUUCACCAACAGCGCUGUUCAGCCUCCCAGCUGCGCUGUCUUUCUCAUCUGGUGGAGGCAGAGCCAUGAAGUAAAACCACCCUCGUGUCCUAGUGCUGCGCUUCCACCUGCAAUCGUCUUGCUUCAUCUUCUGUCUCAUUUCAGGCAGCUGGGAUAAAGCCACUAACCCAUCGAACAGGCAAGAAGACUGGGAAUACAUCAUUGGAUUCUGUGACCAGAUCAACAAAGAGCUUGAAGGGCCGCAGAUAGCUGUGAGACUCCUGGCUCAUAAGAUCCAGUCGCCGCAGGAAUGGGAGGCAGUCCAAGCACUGACAGUGCUGGAAGCCUGUAUGAAGAAUUGUGGGAGAAGAUUUCAUAAUGAAGUGGGAAAGUUUCGUUUUUUGAAUGAAUUAAUAAAAGUUGUGUCUCCAAAGUACCUAGGAGAUCGGGUCUCUGAGAAAGUGAAGACCAAAGUAAUUGAACUGCUGUAUAGCUGGACAGUGGCACUACCAGAAGAACAUAAGAUCAAAGAUGCCUACUACAUGCUGAAGCGACAAGGGAUUGUAAUGUUUGAUCCUGAAAUUCCUGUGGAAAAAAUCCUGAUUCCUUCUCCACCGCCUCGUCCCAAAAACCCCGUGUUUGAUGAUGAGGAGAAAUCCAAGCUUCUAGCCAAACUACUGAAAAGCAAAAACCCAGACGAUUUACAAGAGGCAAACAAGCUUAUUAAAUCCAUGGUAAAAGAGGAUGAGGCUCGGAUUCAAAAAGUGACAAAACGUAUGCACACACUGGAGGAAGUAAAUAACAAUGUGAAACUGCUGAAUGAGAUGUUGGUUCAUUAUAGCAAAGAGGACUCAUCAGAGGCUGAUAGAGAGCUCAUGAAGGAGCUCUGUGAAAGGUGUGAAACCAAAAGACGGACAUUAUUCAAACUAGCCAGUGAGACGGAGGAUAAUGACAGCAGCUUGGGAGAUAUUCUGCAGGCCAGUGACAAUUUAUCCCGUGUGAUAAAUUCCUAUAAAAAAACAAUAGAGGGGCAAGUGAUCAAUGGUGAAGUGGAUCUCCGAGUGAGCUCAGGAGUGGAAGGGAGUGACUCCACAAAUAACCUUAACACCCUCAUUGACCUUUCUGGACUGGAUGUCACCAGCACCCCAACACCUCCAGUUCCACCCACCACCGUGACGCCAGCUCCCACAGCAGCCCCAGUUCCAGCAGAAAUCCCCAUUCUCCCACCUCCUCCACAGACAUUUUCACAAUUGCGGAGCAGUUCCUUGAGCCAAGUGGAAGCUGCACCCACUCAGCAGAGCAGCACAACUAAUUCUCUUUCCUUGCUGGAUGAGGAGCUUCUGUGUUUAGGCUUGAAUGACCCAGCCCCUGCAGCAGGGAAGGAGGCAUCAGAAAACAACCAGUGGAGCAUGUUUGAGAAUGAGCAGCUGGACCUGGAUUUCUUCAAUCCAAAGAUGGUGACUGCUGCUUGCAACCCUUCAGGGAGCCCUCUUCUCCAUCACACAUCGCAGACCACAUGUGGAACAUCAGUGACACUGCCUUCUGCUUUCACAGCCUCUCAGUCUGCUCCCAGCAUGCCUGCACCAAACUCCAUGCCAUUUGUGUUCUCUGCUGGGCUGGGUGCCCCUGUGGAGCCUUCCAAGACAGUUCCAGCUGCUUCUGGGUACUUAAGCUCAUCUGCGGGGAGCAGUAUGCCUCAUAAGAUGGAUACACUGGGACACCUGCUUGAGGAAGCUAAAGGGUCUGCCACCCAAGGCAUGGCAACACCCUCAGUGUUACCUGGGGUUACUUUGCCAGCCCCUGUCACAUCUUCUCCAUUAAUGAUACCUGCAGUCACUGCCCCAGGAGCACCCCCAAAUCCUUUCCCAAACAGCUGCACUGCUGUCUCAGGGAGCUCUCUCUUCCAUUCAGCAUCAUUCCAGCAGCAAGGCAGUCCUAUGAAGGCACCUGAAAUUUCUUUGGCCAAUGUCCAUGUUCCCUUGGAAUCUAUUAAACCUAGCAGUGCCCUCCCGGUGACAGCCUAUGACAAGAAUGGCUUCCGCAUCCUCUUGCACUUUGCCAAGGAGUGCCCACCAGGAAGGUCGGACGUACUGGUUGUGGUAGUCUCGAUGCUGAACACAGCACCCCUUCCUGUGAAGAACAUUGUGCUGCAGGCUGCUGUACCUAAGUCCAUGAAAGUGAAGCUGCAGCCACCCUCUGGCACAGAGCUGUCUCCAUUCAAUCCCAUCCAGCCACCUGCUGCCAUCACCCAAAUCAUGCUUUUGGCAAAUCCUACAAAGGAAAAGGUGAGGCUGAGAUACAGACUGACCUUCACGCUGGGAGACCAGCUUGCCACAGAGAUUGGUGAAGUGGAUCAGUUCCCCCCAGUAGAGCUGUGGGGGAAUCUAUGACAUUGGAACUCUGACAGAGACUCUGUGACAGGACCAGGAAAGGAUCCCACAAGACUGAAGUGAAUGUGACAGGGGAGGGACACACGUGCUACCCACUGGUGAUGUUCAGCUUUGUUUACAUGUCCUGCCCACUCUGCUUGUAGCUUUAGUCCAGAAUGUUUUACUGAAGGCAGCUGGUAACACGCAGUGCUGGCUGCUUUCAUCUUGGCCUCCGGGUGAAUCUGAUUCUAUCUUCCACUCUAUUAAACUAGAAGUUACUGUAUUUUGAGGGGAGACCUGUCAACAGGUGUAAGUCAGCGUGUUCCUGUACUGCUGUCCAGAGAUACCUACAUGAUGGUAAUGACGCUACCCCAGGCUUCCUCAGUGCAGAGCCCUUAUACGUGUCCUCCCUCGGACUUUUACCUCCUCAGUGCCAGACUGGACCUGCUAAGCAUGUUAAGCAAUAAUGCUGGUUCCACGAGGGAAUGCUUUUUUAUUUUAUUUAUUUUUGUUUUUUAACACUGAAAUGGCACUUAGCUCCUUUAGCUCCCUCCAUCUGCUUCUCUCCCAGUGGUCAGUGUAAGCAGACCUCAGCUCUUGUGUUGUGUGACACUGCUGUAUCUUCAGUUAAUAUAUUUAUUUUAUACUGUGGGCUGCCUCUCUAUUGUAUCCAUUUGGGGCAGCUGGGGCUGUUCUGUAUGCAAAUGCCUAAACUGGUUAUUUUUCUGCCUUCAUGGCAUUCCAUAGUGUGGGGAAAAGAGAAGUGUGGUGAGGAGGUAAAAAGGGCUGGAAAGGUGUUUUCAGCAUUGGUGGAGGGUGGCACCUGGCACCCAGCAGCGUCUUUAGAGCCUCUAAUCCAGGGAUGGGGAGUGUCUCUCAGAUCCCCUCCUGCAGGCUGUGUCACUAUGUAGUUCAGUACUGAGAUGUAAAUAGUAGAGCUUUAGGAUGGCCAGACAGAAACAAGCAGGGAAAGGAAAGAAGGCACUGCUGGGCUGUGGUGAUGCAGGCCCUGUUUUAAUAAUUCUCUGUAUUAAAUGGCUAAGUGCAAUCAUCUCCAGAAGAGGGAGAGUGGUUUUACUGGACAUCAGUAUUCAGUGCUAGCAGGUGGCAGAGGAAUUGACUAGAAACUAGGUUUAAAUGACUGAAAGUUGAUGACAGAAGUCCCUUCCUUCUCUCAAUGUACAAUCUCAAGCAGUGCCUCAAAUAGCUCUGAGACACUGUUUGAAUGUUUGUUUGUAACAAACAAAAGCACAGGUAGGAUGGAUCCUUGGACAAAGUGCUGCUGGAAUUAAUACAGGCUGUAAAACCGUAACUCAAAUACAGCUUGCAGUUAGUUAUGUCAUCUUUUCUGAGGUGAGAAAUAAAUACUAGAAAUACUGUGGACUUAAAGGCCUAAAGGAUCAGAGAAAUCAGGCAACUGUGGAAACCCCGAGGGGGAGGAAUCAAAGCUUUGGCCAAGUAUGUCACUGUACACUCCUGAAGCUCAUGAGAACCCCAGCCUUGUCAGCUCUGUGACAGCAACUUACAUUGAUGGACUAUGACAGAGCACAAGGAAAGAAUUCUGCCUCAGAAACGUUCUUGCCACUUUAGGCAUGGGAGGGAUAGGGACAGUAUUUAGGUCACUUAAAUCUGCCCAGGUGCUGUAGGUGUAUCCUGAGGAAGCAGAUUUCACUGCUGUAGAUGCCUAUACGUGAAUCUCGCUGUGACUCUGAGGAAGUCAGAGGAGCACAAGUGCUUUCUGCAGAGUGGUGGUGUUCUCACUGUUACUGGCAGUGCACUGCACUGCUGUACAGCCAAAUGGAAAGAUGCCAUAGUCUUGCUGCGUGGAAAUGCAUUGUUAUAAACUUUGGGAAUUAAGCUAUGAAUGAGUGUUCCUUGUCAGUAGGUUGAGGUUCUCGUUUCAUACCAAACAGUCAUUACUGUAAAUACAUCUCAGAUGCAUUUGUUUUGCUGCAUGUUAAAUAAACUGGUUUCCCUACUUUGCUCUGGGGACAGCCCUCACUGAUGGUUGA